GCUAGCCUCAGACAGGACCAUUCCUCUCUGCACUCGCUAUCUGAGUCUUUCUUUCGUUUUUCCUAUUUCGACAUUUGUUUCAUUCAGACACUCGUUAAUUGCUGAAUCGUCAUUCGUUUUCUUUCGUGGUUCUCGAUAAUCUACUCUAUAAUAAUUACACAAUCCGAUUAAUAUUUUUUCGCUGACUCGACAACUACGACAAUCACUCCCUCGAUAUCAAUAUCAUACUUCAAAUCUCCAACUGAACCAACAUGGUUCAACUUCCAUUCGUGGCUCUAGCAGCCCUACUAAUUAUUCCAUUCACUUCCGCUGCUCUCACGCAGUGCCCAUCCAAAGAAGCAUCAUGGACUUCCAAGACCGGCACCGAGUACACCAUUUGCCGCAAUACCGACUACCGAUAUGGUGGAGGCAGUCUCAAGGUCGCUCGAGACAUCAAAUCUACCAAUGCCUGUGCUGAAAUCUGCAGCAAGGACCCACGAUGCGUCAAGGCUGUAUACGAUAAGCGAAACCGCAUCUGCCACGUCAAGGACAAUGCCAACGAGGCCAAGAUGAACUGGGCAUCAGACGCCAAGUUCGACACUAUUCGAGUCAAGAACGUCAACGAGGGAGUCUUCAUCUCUCGUUGCCCCAACCCAACCAACAACUACCGCGCCAAGGGCGGCAAGACUUUCAAUGUCUGCCACAACAGUGACUACGUUGGCCCGACUAGUCGAAUGACCAAGAACUGCGCUUCUCUUGCUGCGUGUGCUGAUAUCUGCUCUGGUAUCAAGACAUGCAAGAAAGCCGUUUACGACAAGCAGGACAAGGUCUGCCACAUCAAGGAGACUGAGCCCAAGGCUUCGCUCUUUUGGGUGCAGAGCAAGCGAUACAGCGUGGUUCACUCCCCAGUCGAGUCUAAGCCCGCAACCCAAGGCAAAUGGUCGGAUCUUAUCCGUCUCCCUGUCAUCCCCGUUGCCGCCUAUGUUGUUCCCCAAUUCCCUCAAUCGCAGCAGCUUCUUUUCUUCUCAUCUUGGGGCGCUGACGCUUUCGGUGGCGCCUCUGGCCGUACCCAGUUUGGAGUUCUCGACCUUCCUUCAGGUGCCGUCGGACAGCGAGAGGUCGCCGAUACUCACCACGAUAUGUUCUGCCCCGGAAUGAGUCAACUCGCUGAUGGACGCAUCUUGAUCCAGGGUGGUUCCGAUGCCGAGGCCGUGACUCUUUACAACCCCAAGACCAACUCUUUCACCCGUGGACCUGACAUGAAGAUGCCUCGUGGCUACCAGACUUCCACCAUCCUGUCUGAUGGACGAGUUUUCACCAUUGGUGGAGCUACUCCACGGCAGUGCUUCCAAGCCGGCCCUAGCAAGGAACAGCAUUGGUAUGGUACCAAGCAAAAGGGCUCGAUUGUCAAGUCUGGCAAGAGAGAUAACGCUGAUGCCAUGUGCGGUAUCUUUGUCAUGUACGAUGCCGUUGCCGGUAAGAUUCUGUCAGCUGGUGGUGCCCAGGACUACACUGCAAGCGAUGCCAACAAGCGUGCUCACAUCACCACCAUUGGAGCUCCUUACAAGCCAGCUUCCGUCAAGCGUGUCGCUGAUAUGGCCUUCCCUCGUGGCUUCGGUAACGCUGUCGUUCUCCCUGAUGGAACUGUUCUUGUGACUGGAGGUCAACGCAAGGCAAUGGUUUUCACCAACACUGAUGGUAUCCUGGUCCCCGAGCUCUACAACCCUGCCACCAACAAGUGGACUCAGCUUGCGCCUCACGCUGUACCCCGCAACUACCACUCUGUAUCUAUCCUGUUGCCCGAUGCCACGGUAUUUAUCGGUGGCGGCGGCCUCUGCUACGUUGCUAAGAUUGGUGGUUCAACUGCUGGCUGCGACAAGACAGCUGAUCACGCUGAUGGAGAGAUCUUCCAGCCUCCUUACCUGUUCAACAAGGAUGGCUCCAUUGCUAAGCGCCCCAUCAUACAGAACCUGGCUCAGAAGCCUGUCAAAGCCGGUAGCACUCUCAAGUUCAACGUCACUAACACUUCUGGCAAGGUCAAGAUGUCUCUUGUUCGUAUGGGAAGUGCUACACACUCCGUCAACAGUGACCAGAGGCGUGUCCCUCUCACCGACUUCCAAGUCAAGGGCAACCAGUACACUGUCAAGCUACCCAAGGAUAAUGGUAUCCUUCUGCCUGGCUAUUACUAUCUCUUUGUCAUGUCGCCGCAGGGCACUCCUAGCAUGUCAAAGACAGUUCAGAUUGCAUUGUAAUUAGCAAGCGGAAUGUAGCAUUCCCUUUUCAGGAUAGAAACCUCUACGAGCAAAAUGAGCUGUGUUUUGCACUCACCAUAAACUUUAUACAUAAUAAAUAAGCCACA